CGGAGCCGCCGGCGGAGCUAAAUGGGGCCGAGACCGCGCGGGGGGUCCCCGCGCCACCUCCAUGGAGCAGCCCCGCGCCGCCGCCCGCCUGCAGAUCGUACUGGGCCACCUCGGCCGCCCCUCGGCCGGGGCCGUCGUAUCCUUUGAGCUGCGCGGGUGUCGGGCUGGACCUGGCGCCGGCCCCGCGGCCUGAGUGGUGGCCCGGGUCCGAGUGGAGGCCUCGGGGUCGCACGCAUCCCAGCCCCGGCGCCUCCUCGCCCCGCGCCGGGUCCCUGCCUGGGUCGCGUCUCUUCCCGGAACCGGGGAGCGGGGAGGAGGCUGCGUCCCCCGAGGACACGCGCGGCUGCCCUGGGCUCGGUGCACUUGCCGCGUCGCGCUGCUCUCCGGGAUCCCCGGAGGCCUGUGCUCCUUGCUUUGUGGAGAUGUCCUUUCACCGGCUGCGCGUGACUCCCGCAGCUGUCCAGACACCCAGAGAUGUCCAGUCACAGGCGCAGGGUGCACAGGCGCGCAGGUAUACUCUGGAUAAUAAUGUUCUAACCCUGGAACAGAGAAAAUUUUAUGAAGAAAAUGGAUUUCUUGUAAUCAAAAAUCUUGUACCUGAUGCCGAUAUUCAACGCUUUCGGAAUGAGUUUGAAAAAAUCUGCAGAAAGGAGGUGAAACCAUUAGGAUUAAUAGUAAUGAGAGAUGUGACCAUUUCGAAAUCGGAAUAUGCUCCAAGUGAGAAGAUGACCACGAAGGUCCAGGAUUUCCAGGAAGAUAAGGAGCUCUUCAGAUACUGCACUCUUCCCGAGAUUCUGAAAUAUGUGGAGUGCUUCACUGGACCUAAUAUCAUGGCCAUGCACACAAUGUUGAUAAACAAACCUCCAGAUUCUGGUAAUUGCAAGAAGACGUCCCGUCAUCCCCUGCACCAGGACCUGCACUAUUUCCCCUUCAGGCCCAGCAAUCUCAUCGUUUGUGCCUGGACGGCAAUGGAGCACAUCGACCGGAACAAUGGUUGUCUGGUUGUGCUCCCAGGAACACACAAGGGCUCCCUGAAGCCGCACGAUUACCCCAAGUGGGAGGGGGGAGUUAACAAAAUGUUCCACGGGAUCCAGGACUACGAGGAAAACAACGCUCGGGUGCACCUGGUGAUGGAGAAGGGAGACACCGUUUUCUUCCAUCCUUUGCUCAUCCAUGGGUCUGGUCAGAACAAAACCCAGGGAUUCCGGAAGGCAAUUUCCUGCCAUUUCGCCAGUGCCGAUUGCCACUACAUCGAUGUGAAGGGCACCAGUCAAGAAAACAUUGAGAAGGAAGUUGUAGGAAUAGCAAACAAAUUCCAUGGAGCUGAAAACAGCACAGACUUGAAGGAUAUUUGGAUGUUUCGAGCUCGACUUGUGAAAGGAGAAAGAACCAAUCUUUGAAAUAGCCAUCUGCUGUAACUCUUUCAACAGAAAACCAAAACCAAACAAAAUAUCUAAGGAAAAUGUUUUCUUAAUGAGAUGAUGUAACCUUUACUAUCACUUGUUAAAAGCAGAAAACAUGUAUCAGGUACUUAAUUGCAUAGAGUUAGUUUUGCAGCACAAUGGUGUUGCUUUAAUGGAAAUAAAAAAAGUAAAAGUGAAAUAUUACUGUUUUAAGAAAAACUAAUUUAGGUUUGCAGCCAAUAAAGAUGAUUGGUGUAUAAUUUAAGUGUUAAAUUAAUUUCUUUCAUUCAAUUAGCUCUUUACCCAAGCAGAAGUGAAUCAUUUGGAGCUUAGGGUGUGUGUGUUUUGUAUCCCCUUUCUGGUAAACCCAUUCCCUACCAAUUUUAUGUCAUAAGAGAUUUUUUCCCCCCAAAUCUAGAACAAUGUAUAAUACAUUCACAUUAAGUGAAGGGCAUAGGAAGGGUGUCAUGGAGUCCAAAUAAAGGUGAAUAUUCCUGCUCAGA